AUGAUUACUGUCACUUCUGUUACUUAUAAAUUCAACAUCAACGGGUAUCAUACAAAAACUAUCCAAGCGAAGCGGGGACUUAGGCAAGGGGACCCUAUCUCCCCUCUAUUAUUUGUUAUUAUAAUGGAAUAUCUCAAUAUGUGCUUUCGCAAAAUACAGAAGAAUCCCAAUUUCAACCAUCACGCUAAGUGUGAGAAAUUACAUAUUACUAAUCUCUCUUUUGCAGAUGAUCUACUGCUUUUUUCUAGAGGAGACUGUAUGUCGGUGGAGCUGCUUAUGGAGGCUUUUAACGAUUUCUCAGAUUCCACUGGUCUCAAAUUAAACCCGGCAAAAUGCAAAAUCUAUUUUGGUGGGGUGGAUGCGGAUACAAAGCAGAACAUCAUUAACAUUACCAAGUUCCGGGAGGAUCCUUUCCCCUUCAGGUAUCUGGGAGUCCCUCUAACCUCUAAAAAAUUAUCUAUCCAUCACUAUAUGCCGUUGAUUGACAAGAUUAUGAGUCGAAUUAAUCAUUGGAGUGCUAAACUCCUUAGUUAUGCAGGGCGUGCCCAGCUUAUAAAAAGUGUUACUUUUGCCAUUGCGAACUACUGGAUGCAAUGCUUUCCUAUUCCUAGAUCUGCUAUUCAUAAAAUUGAAGCUAUGUGUAGAUCUUUCAUGUGGACAGGUGGAGCUGAUAUUAGUAGGAAGAGCCCUAUUGCAUGGGACAAUGUCUGUAGACCUCUGAAUUAUGGAGGCCUGGGUAUCAUUGAUCUUAAGAUCUGGAAUAAGAUUACCAUGAUUAAACUACUCUGGAACCUUAGUAGUAAAACUGACAGCUUGUGGGUUAAAUGGGUUCAUAGUUAUUAUUUAAAGCAUGAGGGGUUGAUGAAUGUCAGUAUCAAACCCCACACCUCAUGGAUUAUGAGGACCAUCCUAAAACAGAGGGAUAGCUUGGUGGAUAUUCAACAGGUUUGGAAUCGCAUGUUAACUAGUGAUAAGUUUAGGAUGACUGAUAUUUAUCUGGCAAUCUGUAGUAAUGCCCCCAAAGUGAUGUGGAAGAACAUACUCCGAAAUAAUGUUGCUCGACCAAGGGCUCUGAUAACGAUGUGGUUUACGUGUCACGGAAGAUUGGCUACUAAACAACGCCUUUUCCGAUUUGGUAUGAUCACUGAUGAUAGAUGUUGUCUGUGUACUAAAGAGGAGGAAACCAUUAAUCAUCUAUUAUUCUGCUGUCCUGAAACGGUGCAUAUAUGGACCAAAGUCCUAGAUUGGAUCCAGAUUCCGCAUGUCCCGCGACCGCGGGAUGAAGAAAUGGACUGGGUGUGCAAGAGCACGAGCGGUAAGGGCUGGCGAGCGUCCCUCCUGAAAUUGGCUAUAACGAAAACUGUUUAUGGUAUUUGGCAAUACCGUAAUGACAUUUGUUACGGUAAUGUUAUAGAUAAGACAAAAAUUGGUGAUAAUAUUAUGGAUAUGAUUGUUUAUAGGGGAUGGUAUAACCAGAAACUCAGGCCGCACAUUGCUCACUUGAUGACUUAUUAG